CCCUUUGUAACAAGCGCAUUUUGACUGUGUUGCGCCCUUGAGUGAGAGGUAGCCACUCUGAGGACGUGCAUGCUGCCUUGGGCCUCGUGCCCUAGCAGCAUACCUUUCACAGUAAUUAGUAUUCGGCACCUUCGUGCUGACUCAUCGUGUGACGACAGAGGCCGGUUGAGCUGUAGGCCCGACCACCAGCCUCGCACUUAUGGGAACCAAAAUGGCCUGUUGACAUUUGCAAACGCCGGGUUGUGCAACGGUGGGCUUCGUUGCCAGCGAAUUGAGGCGCUUCACAGGUUUCGCGCUGCUCCCUUUUGCCUACGCAAUGAAGAAGUCGCUGGGCAGGGCGCUAGGGGACAUGUCUCUGGAGAAGUUCUGGGACAAGGAGGGGGAAUAUUGUGACACAGAAGGCUUUGAAGAUACUGCACUGGAUAAGACGUCGGCAAACGCCAGCGCCAACAAAGGAAGUAAAGUCGACAUCAGCGAAGUUUGCGCUAUAUGCUUGAACACCAUAGAGCUCGAAGACCUUGCAAUUAUCAAGGGAUGCGAACACGAAUACUGUGUGAAUUGCAUCCUGCAAUGGGCCACUUGUAAGGAGGCGCCAUGGUGUCCUCAGUGCAAGAAGCCCUUUAACUACCUGUACUGCCAUCGCCUGCUUGAUGGCACCCUGAGCGACAUGCCUGUCGAGGAAAGCGUAUGCCUGAUGAAGCGAGCCUCAUGGUUCGUGGAGUACGUCAAGACCAUGGAGAAGGGCAAGGCCAUCUCGGGGUCCAUGGCAGAAGAGGAAAUUCCUGCAGAAUGGGCGGACCCGUACCAGUACUACGAUGACGAGGAAGAUGAGUACGAUGAAGACGAGCAAAUUGAGAAAUACUACUUUUCGAGCGCUGCAGGUCGCGCUCGUGUGGUAUUGGGCAACCGCCGGCUUGGCGAGAAUGGCUACAUGCGUGCGGGUCGCAUGUACGCGCGCCCUACAACUAAUGGCAACACAAGCCAGGCCAGCGGGAGCGCAAGUGGUGGCAUUGGCAAGCCAGGAAAGGGCAGGGCGGCGGGUGGCAAAUUGGGACCCCGCGGCAGCGGCAUCGACGAUGCUGGAGAGGGCCCCAGCAGCAGCCAAGCUGGCGCCGGUCAUGAAAGGCCAGGGCCGCAGGGCCAAGCGAAACGCCCGCCGUGCCGCCGCUGACUGGGAGGAGCUUUAGGACGUCCAACUCCUGCUACUCUCUGAUGGCGCUCUGGAUGUGGCUGGUAGUAGAAUUUGUGUGUAGAGGCGGAAAUAGGCCUGCAUCACGCUCAAUAACUCCUAUACUAAUGCUGCGCUGUGUACACUGUUUUCGCUUAUAAAAAACGUUUUGUCCUGAUGCACGCAACUAUAAGCGCAACGCAUGCUUUUGUCUGCAUGCAUCUUCUAUUGCCAAAGGUUGCAUUAUGUUGCUGCGCCUUCCUUUCCUGGUGCGGCUUUUUCCACCGGGUGCAUCGGAGGCAUACCAUAAUAACCGUCUCGUGGGUUUUGGUUUUCUCCAGCUUUUGAGAGGAUUGUUUACUCCGGAGGAUGGCGAUGUCGCUAAUUGGCUUGCCGUGCUUACCAACCGCGAGGUGGCCUGUCGCUGGUGGGUUGGCCUCCCCUGAGUUCGUUGUGUUAAUUCAGCCUGCCAUAAUUUUGAUAAAAGAUACCAUGAAUUUCCGUGCGGUUUGGGAAUUCCGGCGACGGUUGCGGUCUCUCCUCAGAUAAUAGGCGUGUAGGCGCAGUCGAGUAGAAGAAAAUAGGACACUUGUCAAGAAACGGCAAGUUCCCGCCGUUGUCCACAGUCUGGAUUCCCGGAGUGGAGGCGGCAUGUGGACCGGACGCGGUUGGGCACCCGCUUGAGACUUACAUAAUUGCGAGAAUGUUGCCAUGUUGUCAUAG